AGCCUACGACAAUGGUAAAUUCAAUGGAUAGAUGGGUAGGCAAAGUAGCCAUUGUAACCGGAGCUAGUGCUGGAAUCGGUGCUGCCAUCGCUGACCAACUUGUUGAAAACGGCCUAAUUGUUGUUGGACUAGCACGUUGCCCAGAAUUAAUCCAAGAACCUGCUAAGACUUUCAACAACAAAAAAGGGAAACUCUACGCAAUUAAAACAGAUUUAAGAAAAGAGGAAGAUAUUCAGUGUGCUUUCAAAUGGGUUGAAGAUAAUUUAGGACCAGUACACGUUCUUAUCAACAAUGCUGGAACGGCUACUGAAGGUGGACUGACAAAUACCAGUACUGAAGACUGGAGGAAAGUUUUCGAUCUAAAUGUUUUGGGUUUGUGUAUAACUACAAGAGAAGCAAUCAACAGUGUGGGUGGUCAUCGAGUUUAUACUCCUCAGAGUUGA